AUGGUCUCUAGGUACACUACUCCUCUCAACUUCCACGGUGUGACCGUCAGCGCUGCCACCAAGUAUGCUCAGAUUGCCGCCACUUUCGGUGCCAGCGCUGGUGUCUUCGCUCUCUUCUUCUUCGGUGAAGUUCCCCGUGUCCGCAACGAUAUCUUGCGUCAGCUUCCUUUCUUCGACGAGUACUUCGACCGCUCCAUUGCCCCCGAGGACAACGUAUCCCUUCUAAACUUUCCCUUACGAAGUACGAUCCAUCAACCAUAUCCUACUCGCGGGGAUUUCUUAUGUUUGCGCAUAUGCUCCCUAUCAGCUAUAUAG